AUGGCUGCUGUUACCACUUCCUCCCUCGCCGCUAAGACCCCUGUCGCCACACUGGCGCAGUCGGGGUUGUCUGCCGUCUCCAGCUCCGCCAUUCCCAGCUUCUCCGGGCUCCGGGCCUCUGCUCACGUUAAGGCCGCCAAGCAGACCAGCUGCGCGCGCGGCUGCAAGUGCGCGCGCCAUGCCGUCGUCGUGCGGGCCGCCGCUGAGUCCAACGAGGCGUCCGAUCAAGCUCUCUUCGCCAGCGUCAGCCAGUCCGUCGCCGCUCCCGCUGCUCCUGCCGCCAACUCCGGCGUACUCGUCCCGUCGAUUCUCGGCGCCGGUAUUGUUGGCGGCGCGGCCCUUGCUCUUCUCUCCAAGAGCUCCGCUCCCGCAGCUCCUGCUGCUCCCACCCCGGUGACCUUCGACGGUGGAUACGUUCCCCGCGCGAAGCGCGCCGCGGCGCCCGCGCUAGCAACAAUGGCGGCGACGUUCCCGAACGCGAUGCAGGAGGAGACGUUCAUGCACGCCGUGGCGGAGGAGCUGCGCAACUUGGGCUUUAAGCGCGACAACUGCAUCGCUCUGGUGAACACGUGCCGCGACGAGGUGUGCCGGCCGAUCGUGAACCUGAUCGACCGCGAGUUCGGCAUGAGCUUCAACAUCGCCGGGCUGGGCGGGCUCGUGAACUGCGGCAAGACGGGGUUCAAGGCUGCCAUGAGCCACUCGCCUGAAUUCCCCUGCGACAAGAGCGGCAAGCCCAAGGAACGAUACAUCUUCUUCGGCUUCCCCCACGUGUCCAUCGGUGAGACUGGCGAGGUCGGUUCGCUGCUCCGUCGCGGCCGCGGUAAGCCGGGUAACGCGUGCGGUGCGCUCAUCGCCAUCCGCGGCGACAUUUGCAAGGGCGGUCCCAUCGUCGAGGACCCCGAUAAUGCCGAGUACGUGCUCCUUAAGAAAAAGGUUGCGGCCCGAGUUACCUCCGACGAGCCUAACUUGGUUCAGGUCACCCGCGCCGCGCUCCAAGCUAUCACGGACGACCUCGAGUACCUUAUCUCGCAGACCGUGGAUCCCACGACCGCGGAUUACGCCGUGAUUACCGGCGUGCAGAUUCACUCUGGCAACAACCUCCCUGGCGAGCCGUUCCAGACGGAGCGCCUUUGCGACUACAUCGCGCCUAAUGCCAUGUAUGCCGUGAUUAACGGCGAGAAGCACAUUCUCCACUGCGAGAUCAACCAAAUCAGCGCUAUCAAAUCGGUCCCUGCUUCCAAGUUCGCUUGA